AGCAUCGACUGCAGCACCAGCUCUAGUUUUGUGAUUGUGUUGUGUCAAAAAUACAGGGUUUUAUUGUUGCAUUUGCAAUUUAAUCCGAUAAAUAUUAGGCGUGGAGUUAUGCGCGAGACGUCGUUGCCAGCGACCAGAGAGCCGAGCGGCCACACGUUUGGCAUUCGUUAUUAAUUAAAUCAGCCGCCAACAGCUGAGCGAGCGAAAGAGAGAGGGCGAGGCAGAGAGUUAACCGAACCGAUACAGGCCACUUCCACUUCCAACCGAAUCGGAAUCGGAAUCGCAGCAGCGCAGUCGGCAGAGGCAGCGCAGUCAGCAGAGGCUUGAUUCCUCCCUGCCGAUUCGGCAGCCGGCAAGAUUUCACUGGAUCUAAUGGCUAAGGACGAGGAGGAUGAUCUGCUGCCCGACAAGGAUGCGGCCAAGGGCUUUUAUGCCAAGUACGAGCCCAAGGAGAUUCUGGGCAGGGGCAUCAGUUCGACCGUGAGGCGAUGCAUCGAGAAGGAGACGGGCAAGGAGUUCGCCGCCAAGAUCAUCGACCUGGGCGCCACCACAGAGGCGGGCGAGACGAAUCCAUAUCACAUGCUAGAGGCAACCAGACAAGAAAUCUCAAUACUGCGCCAGGUCAUGGGGCAUCCCUACAUAAUUGAUCUGCAGGAUGUGUUUGAGUCAGAUGCAUUUGUUUUCCUCGUAUUCGAGCUGUGUCCCAAGGGCGAGCUCUUCGACUAUCUGACCUCUGUGGUGACGCUCUCCGAGAAGAAGACGCGCACCAUUAUGCGACAGAUCUUCGAGGGCGUCGAGUACAUACACGCCAAGAACAUUGUCCAUCGCGACCUCAAGCCCGAGAACAUCUUGCUGGACGAGAACCACAACGUGAAGAUCACGGACUUUGGCUUUGCCAGGCAGCUGCAGGAGGGCGAGAAACUUACAGAUCUGUGUGGAACGCCGGGUUAUUUGGCGCCGGAAACGCUUAAGUGCAACAUGUUCGAAGGAUCGCCCGGCUAUUCGCAGGAAGUCGACAUAUGGGCCUGUGGCGUGAUUAUGUUCACGCUGCUCGUCGGUUGUCCACCUUUCUGGCACCGCAAGCAGAUGGUCAUGCUGCGGAAUAUCAUGGAGGGCAAAUACAGCUUCACCUCGCCCGAGUGGGCCGAUAUUUCAGAGGAUCCCAAGGAUCUGAUACGCAAAUGUCUAGUCGUUGAUCCUGCGCAACGUAUCACCGUCAAGGAAGUAUUAAGACAUCCAUUCUUCAACCAAAUGGUGUUAAUGGGUGAUCGCCGGCAUCCGGCACCGACCAUCCCGGCCGCCCACUCAAGCGGCAGGUUCCUCUUUGGCAACGAGGCGUCAUCGUACCGCUUUGGGCAGCUGAACAGCAGCAAUGGCGCUGGCUAUCUGUACUGUGCGCCACAGAGCUCCUACUCGUCGAAUCGAAUGCGCGACGGGCCGCUGGAUGAUGCGGCUGCCUCCUGCCAUGCCAUGUCAUCCACCUCCGCCUGCUCCUCCUCCGCCGCCGCCGCCGCGGCCCUGGCGUCCUCCUCCCUGGCAUCCGCCUCCUCCCACAAAACGCUUACGGCAACGGUCUACUAUCAGCAGCAGCCGCAGCAGCACCAGUCGCAUCAGUCACAGCAGCAGCAGCAGCAACAGUCGCAGUAUCAGCAACAGCAACAGACGACGCAACUGCCGGUGCAACUGCAGUUGCAUCCACAGUUGCAGCCAGGUGGCGAUGGCAAGCAAUCGGUGUACACACCUCCUCCAGUGCAGCUGACACUUAGUCAUAUCGUAGCGAGUAAACACUAUGUUUGUAUUAUAUGCACCUUUCUCUAGUACAUAUCUCUCGGGUGAACUGGAUGAUAUUUACAAGAACUGUAUGUAGUUGACUUGCUUCUGCCGUAAACACCUCUGUGUGGCCAUAGCCUGUAGUAUAUAGAUGUAGUCGUGAUCGGUGGAUCGUCUGUCACUAAUAAUCCCAACCAAAAACCGCCUCGUAGUGUCUCCCAUUUGUCUCUGUGUCUUGUGGAGGAAGCCAGGAUAGUAGAAUAAGCUAACUUGCAUGAUGGUCCUAAUAAUGACUAACCCUACGCGCACCCAUAGUGUAAAAGGCGUACUGUGCUUCUAACUCAGUAAGGAAAAGCUAUUGCCAAUUAACCAUUAAGUCUAAAUUUUUAAUGAAAAAUAUCAUAUCUAAGCUUAGCCUUUCAAUUGGAUAGUACAAGUUAAUUGUUGAAAAAGCUUGAAAACACAAAUUGCUGACAAGAACGAACACUUUUUCAAUGGCUAACUGGGAUUUAAUAUUUUUUUGGGUGCCUAUAUACUGCCCAUUUAUAAUCGUAUAUAUUAUAAAACAACGCCAAAAUCGAUUCACUGACGGAUUAUUUUGUUUAAUUUCUCCUCUGUUGAUGAUGUUAUACACGUUUUGUUUGUGUGUCAUGUUCUCUAUAUUGUCAGAGUCUCAACGCCCUUAUAAGAUGUGUGUCUAUAAGUCGGUGUUGUGGAGACUCCCUUGUGAGUAAACCAAGUCAAACUGAGAUAGAUUUGCAUACAGUAUUAUAUCCAUACAACCACGCCCACUCCGCAUACCUAAAAUACUCGUCAAUGUGUAUCUGUUUAUCUGCAUAAUGCCAUUCAUACAUAUGUAUUAUAUAAUAUAAAUCGUGCCAGUUCGAUGGUAAUCCGUAAAUAGCGUCUAUGUUGUGGUUCACUCGAAACUGUAUCUCUGACUGUAAUUACUCCUCUAACCCCCUAACCCCAACCUCUGACCUUUCUGCUUUCGGAUAUGGCUUUCUUGUCUUCUGUUAAUGCGUCUGCUUGGCCCAUCACCACUGACCAUUUGCCCAAAAAACAAAAGAAGUAAACUAAUGCUAUCCAUCCAAAACACUGACCCAUGAGUUAUAUUCUUGACUAACCAUAAAAUAACACCCAAAACUAACUAAAACUGGGCACUCGAAACAUAUCGCUGUCCCCGAUCUGUGUUGUACUUUCUUUUUUUUCUGUCCGAAGGAGUAACCAUUAACCAUUAACUUUUAAACCACCAACUGCUAACACCGAAACGAAUUAACCCCCCAAAAUUAACCCAUGGCGUGUGCACUUCUAACCAAACACGAAGCCAAUCAAAAAAGUGAUCGAUCCGCAAUGCGCGAGUUGAUGCACCGAAUAUCCAGAGGUCCUAAUCCGCA